AUGCCACCUACCAAAUCUUCAUACAAGGAGAGUCGGCAGUACAGCGAAGGAACGCUGCCACUCUCCGAAGCACCAACUGCGACCAAUUCGAUGCGAGACGAAUCCCGACAUGCCAGUGUUGACACACUUGACGAACCCAACUGGCCGCAGUCAUGGCGUGCCUAUGCCUGUCUGCUGGGCUGCUUCUUUCUCAUGUUCAACUCGUGGGGUCUUGUCAACGCCUACGGCACGUGGUCUUCGUACUAUGUGGGCCACUCACUGCGAGGUGUUGACCAGCUCGAACUGAACCUGAUCGGAUCGACUCAGUCCUUCAUUGUGCUCCUGCUUUCCAACGUCGUUGGACGCCUCUUGGAUGCGGGGCACUCACGCAAAGUCAUCGGCUGUGGCACUUUCCUUGUGCCCUUUGGGCUUUUCAUGCUCUCUGUCGCACACCCCAGCGAUGUUGAGGCCAUUGGAAGCUUCGGUCCAAUCUGGGCAACCCAAGGCCUCGUAGUGGGCUUGGGCAUGGGAACCUUCUUUGUCUCCAGCUCUCAAGUUGCUUCAACAUGGUUUCCCAAGCGCAGAGGUCUAGCUGUAGGCUAUGUCGCCUGCGGUGCCAGUGUAGCAGGCGUGAUCUACCCCAGCAUGCUCCGCUUCCUGAUUCAAUCGGUCGGUUUCAACAAUGCAGUACGCUAUGUCGCGACUCUCACCUCAGUGACCUGCAUCUACUCUUUCAUCUUCUGCACUCCAGACCCAGCCCACGAGCACCACGAGCCGAAGAGUUGGGGCAAGCUGAGGACUUGGUUCGAUACCGAGGCCUUCAAGAACAAGGCUUGGUGCUGGUUCACUGCAGCCGUGGCCUUUAUGUUCUUUGGUUUCUACCCAGUCUUCUUCAACCUUGAAGAGUGGGCAUCAGUGCGUGGCUUUGGCACCCGCGACCGUACCGGCUCAUCAGUAAGCCCUGCCGACACGACCGACAAACCCCUUCAAACCUUCUGGCUCCUAGUCAUCAUGAACGGAGCUUCGACUGUCGGACGGAUGCUCCUCGCUCACUUCUCGGACAAGGUCGGCGCCCUCAACAUGCACAUCGGCUCCCAGUUCACCGCAUCUAUGCUCACACUGGUUCUCUGGACACUAGCUGGAUCAGAGACCGAUGCUAUUGCCUUCUGCGUCGUCUUCGGUAUCUUCUCCGGCAUGGUUAUCGGCCUUCCUCCUGCGUCCAUCGGCAACAUUCUCAACUGCUCCUACACCGCGCCUGGCACUACUCACUUCGCAAAGAAGAAGCUUGGUCACUGGACUGGUAUGAUGUACACAUUUGCUGCCAUCCCAGCUCUCGCCGGUCCCGUCAUUGCUGGUCAUCUCAUCACACAAUACAACACCUACAUCACCGUCCAGAUGUGGUCCGGUGCCAACCUGAUGCUCUCAUGUAUCUGCAUGGCCGUAUCCCGGUGGUAUCUACCAUGCGACAACGGCGAACAUGCGAAGGAGGCAAUCGCGCGCAGACUGAGUAAAGCUGAGACAACCGAGAAGCGCAGGGCCAGUGACCCCAAUUCACCUGACCCUCUAUCACAGGCCCCUACCCGAGUGCCCAGCAACGCAGGCUCACUGCGUACUUCUUCUGACACCCAAAAUGAUGCUGGCAGGAUGGUUUAG